AGGCGGCGGCGGCCGUGGCGSAUUCAAACGCGGCACGGAGCCCAUGGAGCCGCGGCUGGUGGGGCCCGGGCCGUACCGCGCCACCCGCCUGUGGAAUGAAAUAAUAGAGCUGUUCCGUGCUGGGAUGCCCUUACGGAAGCAUCGCUGUCGUUUCAAGAGCUACGAGCGUUGCUUUAAAGCGUCGGACGCAGUGGACUGUUUGCAUGAGUUACUUGGUUCUAACCAAAACUUUGGCCCGGAAGUGACUCGCGAUCAAACGGUUAAGCUGCUUAAAAAAUUCCUGAAAAAUCAUGUAAUCGAAGAUAUUAAAGGAAGGUGGGGUAAAGAGGACUUUGAAGACGAUGGCCAUUUAUAUCGAUUUCCUCCUUCCUCACCACUGAAAUCAUACCCAAAGAAGGCUUCAUGUGGAAAGGAAGUAAUUAAAUUUCCAGACUGGAAUGAACCAAAGGSUGGCACUUCUCAAGAAUGCAUCACAGUGAAAUCUGUCACAAUGAACUCUGAGAUGUGGUACAAGCGACACAGUAUAGCUAUCGGGGAAGUACCGGCAUGCAAAGUUGUAUUCCGCAGAGAGCUAACGCAAACAAAUAUAGAAGUGAUAUGGAAAUCUAUGACUUUGUCACGAUUACAAAAGGUCUUGGGUUUGGAUUCUCUCGAUGAAGUGUUAGACACAAAACUUGUGAAUUCAAAACAUAUAGUUCAAAAUGUAUACAAUGUCAAUAAGCAAGGCAUUGUCACUUUAGAAGACAAAUCAAAGGAGCUACCUCAUUGGAUAUUAUCUGCAAUGAAAUGUCUAGCAAACUGGCCCAGCUGCUCAGAUUUGAAGCAGCCUACUUACUCAGGCUUUGAAAGAGAUGUCUUCAAAACUAUAGUGGACUACUUUGGCCAGAUGAAAGAACCUCUUCUCACAUUUCAUUUUUUUGAUGUUUUUGUUAGUGUGUUGGGACUGCUGCAGAAACCCAGCAAAGCCGUAGAGGCUCUUCAGAUAUCUUGUCUUCUGCUGCCACCAGAAAAUAGAAAAAGACUACAGCUGUUGGUGAGAAUGAUGGCAAGRAUUAGUCUAAACCAGGAUUUGCCUCCUCUUUCUGAGUCAGUGAGGACCAGAACUUUGAUGGUUCAGGCAUUUUCUCGUUGUAUUCUCUGCUCAAAGGAUGAAAUAGACUUGGAUGAACUGCUUGCUGCUAAACUAGUAUCUUUCCUCAUGGAUAAUUAUCAAGAGAUCUUAAGUGUUCCUUCUGCUUUAAAAUCUUCGAUAGAGGAUCAUGUUAUACAUCUCCAGAGAGUCCAAAUAAAAUAUGCUGGGGCUGAUAGUGAUGCAACGCUUCCUCCUCCAUCAUUUUGUCACCAAAUCAGUACAGAUGAGUUUGAAUACCAAAGGGCAGCUGGCUCUCAAGAACCACUGGCAGCUUUGUUGGAAGAAAUUGUAAUGAAUAAAGRAAUAUCUGUGAAAGAUAAAAAGAAGAAGCUCAAGCAAUUUCAGAAAACUUACCCUGAAGUGUACAGAAUACGAUUUCCUACCCCUGAAACUGAAGCGGUGCUAUUUCCUGAAAAAACUAAACAGAAACCACCAAURCUGAUGUGGGCCUUUAAAAAGCCUUUUCAACCAUUUCACAGAACCAGAAGCUUUCGCAUGUAAAUGAUUUGAAACAUAUCAAGGAAYAGACUGAGUGUACUGUCAAUGGAUCUCAUGCAAAAGGAGCCUGAGCAGCAUGUGGUUACUCAAAAAACUACUGGGGAUAUUGCUAAGAUAAUAGAAAAUGUGGAAAGAAGAGGAUUGAGGUGGUCAAAAUGUGAACCAUUAUCAGUAUUUUUGUGUAAAAYGUAGUUUUUUAAAAUGUCUGUUAUUUUGAAAUAAGCAACAAAAGACAACAACAAAAAAUCCUAAACAAGCAAACCCACCACACACUCAAGGGGAUUAUUCUAUAUAGGGGUGAUAAUGUA